CCUGUACAGAUACGCACACUCUUCCACUGGAGCCGCCGCUUCAGCUGCUCCUCCACUGCAUCCAGAUCAUUGCUCUGUUUGUGCCCAUCUCGUUACUGCAGCUGACCGGGCAGCACACAGGAGGCUAACAGUCCGCGGCACAUCGCCGUGCCAACAACAGGAUUUGUCAAGACUGUCACGACUCUGUGCGCCACGGAGACGCACCAGGUUUAAAGGGCGUUUUAAUGUGUCUUGAAACAAUGUAGUAACGGUGACUGAAGUCCAUGGGAAAGCCUCAAAGUUGUUAGGAGCUAAGUGUUCCGUAUCUUAUUUGGAAAUUUGAUCUCACUUUAGACUGUCCAGAUUCUCUUCGUUCCGAGCCUCUGCCUCCAGGUAGCCUAAAGGAUGGAUCGCUUGUUUCGUUACCCGGCAGCUCUCUCUAACCGGGACCAAAUGUAAGGACCAGGACCAGUGGAUCGGUGCCUGUAGCGGAUCCGACCGCGCUUUUUCUCUGACUACGUUACCUCCAGGUUAGAAGUACCUCAGACAAAGCCGGUGAUAGAUGUUGCAGCAGACAUGAGUUUGGGAAACCGAUUUGUCCUCCUUCCACUCUUUCUUGGAAUUGUCCUCAGACGCUUCAGCCACUGCAACCAAGUUGUGUUGCUGGAUACGACAUCUGUGCUUGGAGAACUUGGAUGGAAGACGUAUCCAAUAAAUGGGUGGGAUGCCAUCACAGAGAUGGAUGAGCACAACCGGCCCAUCCAUACUUUCCAGGUUUGCAAUGUGAUGGAGCCCAACCAAAACAACUGGCUUCGUUCCAACUGGAUCUCUCGACAGGCAGCCCAAAAGAUCUAUGUGGAGCUUCGCUUCACCUUGCGUGACUGCAACUCAAUCCCCUGGGUGUCUGGCACCUGUAAGGAGACCUUCAACCUUUUCUACCAUGAGACCGAUGAGGCUCAUGGAGUCAAAUUUAAGCCUACACAGUACACCAAGAUUGACACCAUCGCUGCUGAUGAGAGCUUCACUCAAAUGGAUCUUGGAGAUCGCAUUCUCAAACUCAACACAGAGGUGCGUGAGGUGGGCCCUAUGACUAGGAAGGGCUUCUAUCUGGCAUUCCAAGACAUCGGUGCCUGCAUUGCUUUGGUUUCAGUGAGGGUUUACUAUAAGAAAUGUCCAUUUACUCUAAGGAACUUGGCAUCAUUUCCAGACACAGUACCUCGUGUGGACUCCUCCUCAUUGGUGGAGGUGCGGGGGGCAUGUAUUGACCAUGCUGAAGAAAGAGACACACCCAAACUGUUCUGUGGAGCUGAUGGUGACUGGUUGGUUCCUUUGGGAAGAUGUGUCUGCAGUGUUGGGUAUGAGGAGAUCGAUGGCUCAUGUGUUGCGUGCCACCCUGGCUUCUACAAGGCAUAUGCUGGAAACAUCAAGUGUUCAAAGUGCCCUCUACAUAGUUUCAGCUAUGGAGAAGGUGCUGCUAUCUGCCGCUGUGAGAAGAGCUUUUUCAGGGCUGAGAAAGAUCCUCCAACUAUGGCUUGUACACGCCCCCCAUCUCCACCUCGUAACUUAAUGUUUAACCUGAACGACACCUGUCUGAUGCUGGAGUGGUUGCCUCCCAGUGACAACGGCGGCCGUCGAGAUGUCACCUAUAAUGUUCAGUGCAAACGCUGUGGCCCUGAGCCUGAUCAGUGCCAGCUGUGUGAGGAGGAGCUUCGUUUUCUGCCGCGACCAUUAGGCCUGACCAAUGCCACUGUCACUGUCAUGGACUUCUCGGCACAUGCCAACUACACCUUUGAGAUUGAGUCACUCAAUGGUGUGUCAGACAUGAGCACCUUCCCUCGCCAGGCAGCUAUCAUCACCGUCAGCACUGAUCAGGGUGGUCCAUCUCUGAUUGGGGCACUGAAGAAAGACUGGGCCUCUCCCGACAGCAUCGCUCUCUCCUGGCCUCAACCUGAGCCGACAUUACUGCCCAUCCUUGACUACGAGAUCAAAUAUUAUGAGAAGGAGCACGAGCAGUUGAGCUACUCGUCAACUCGCAGCAAAGCUCCCAGUGUGAUCAUUUCAGGUCUAAAACCAGCGACCUGGUACGUCUUCAGUGUACGCACACGCACAGCAGCUGGAUACAGCUCCUACUCCGCUAAAUAUGAAUAUGAAACUACAGGGGACUCGUCAGACAUGGCUUCUGAUCAAGGCCAGGUGCUGGUCAUCGUCACAGCCGCGGUCGGUGGCUUUACCCUCCUCAUCAUCCUCACCCUCUUCCUCCUCAUCACUGGGAGGUGUCAGUGGUAUUUUAAGGCCAAGAUGACCUCAGAGGAGAAAAGAAGGACCAAUUAUCAGAAUGGGCAUGUUCCUUUCCCAGGUAUAAAAACAUAUGUGGAUCCUGACACAUAUGAGGACCCCACUCAGGCUGUCCACGAGUUCACCAAGGAGAUUGACCCAGCCAGGAUCCGCAUCGAGAGGGUGAUCGGAGCUGGUGAGUUUGGCGAGGUGUGCAGUGGUCGCCUGAGAACGCCGGGGAAGAAGGAGAUUGCUGUGGCAAUAAAGACAUUGAAAGGAGGCUAUGUGGAGCGUCAGAGGCGGGACUUCUUACGGGAGGCAUCCAUCAUGGGACAGUUUGACCACCCCAACAUCAUCAGGUUGGAGGGCGUGGUCACCAAAAGCAGGCCCGUGAUGAUUGUGGUGGAGUACAUGGAAAACGGAUCGCUGGACUCAUUUUUGAGGCAACAUGAUGGCCACUUUACUGUCAUCCAGUUGGUUGGCAUGCUGCGUGGCAUCGGCUCAGGCAUGAAGUAUCUGUCAGACAUGGGCUACGUUCACCGAGACCUGGCAGCUCGAAACAUCCUAGUCAACAGCAACCUGGUGUGUAAAGUGUCAGACUUCGGCCUGUCCCGAGUCCUGGAGGAUGACCCAGAGGCCGCUUACACCACAACGGGUGGUAAGAUCCCAAUCCGAUGGACAGCGCCUGAGGCCAUCUCGUACAGAAAGUUCUCCUCGGCCAGUGAUGCGUGGAGCUAUGGCAUCGUCAUGUGGGAAGUGAUGUCAUAUGGGGAACGGCCAUACUGGGAGAUGUCUAAUCAGGAUGUGAUUCUGUCCAUCGAAGAGGGCUAUCGGCUACCUGCACCAAUGGGCUGCCCCGUGGCCCUGCACCAACUGAUGCUGCACUGCUGGCAGAAGGAGAGGAGUCACCGGCCUAGAUUUACUGAUGUUGUUUGUUUCUUGGAUAAAUUGAUCCGCAACCCCAGCAGCCUGCUGCCACUGGUAGAGGACUUUCAGAGUCUACCAGAGUCUCCGGGGGAGGAAAUGGACUACCCAAUGUUCAUCUCCAUCGGUGACUGGUUGGACUCCAUCAAGAUGAGUCAGUACAAGAGCAAUUUUAUGGCAGCAGGCUACAACACAUUGGAUUCUGUGGCCAGGAUGAGUAUUGAAGAUGUGAGGCGUAUUGGGGUGGAGCUGAUCGGCCAUCAGAGACGAAUCAUCAGCAGCGUCCAGACCCUUCGCCUUCAGCUACUGCAAGAACAGGAGAAUGGCUUCCAUGUAUGAGGACGCUCUUUAACACCGCCUGGCAUGGACAGAUAGAUGGACCAGAUGGAAGUGAAGUCUAGACCAUAGGACAGACAGUCUUCAGCCUGUGCCUGAGUCUUAACCCCUCAUGCAGGAGGUCAUUGGACAGACUACCACAGCAGACUACCCCGUGUUCUCCCUCACAUCCAGUAGUAACAGACCUUUUUCUAUUAUCCACCCAUUAUCCAGCAUACCUGGUUUUGUCAGACUAUUACAGUCUGAUUUAGACUUUACAGACUUGCCCUCACCUAGGGGAAUGUAAUGCCUUGUUGCAGCGACAGUACUUUGUGUGUGGAGCAACAACAUCUAGGGAUGUAGAUUUGGAAAUGUAAUCUACUGAAUCUUUUAACUUUUGCUUUUCUUGCUCCAAGUUAUGUGCUCAUGUAGCUGCAAUUUUCUUAUUUAACAAAUAUCAAUAUUUUUUUAUUUUGGAUUAUGAUUAUUUCUCAUGAUGGUAUUUGCAUUGCUUUAGUUGUCCUUCUCUCCAGAGAAUCUGGUACACUAAUACUUGAAGAACAAAGCAAGAAGCAAGUUAUGGAGAUUUCUUGAAUGUUUAGUGUAUAGACAAUUAAUCGAUAAUUAUUAUCAUAACCUAAUAUCUAUAUAUGUGCAGUCCUGUAUGUGAAAGCCCUAGUAAAUCUGGAUCUUAUUUAAAAUGUUAUAUUUAUUUAGGAUUUUUUUUAUCCAAAUCAGCAAUACACUAUUAUGCAGAGUUGUGCAAUGAAAGAACUCCUGCUGACAUACAGAUGGGUGACAAAAGGAACACCUGCUCUCUUCCAGGAUGACAAUGCCCGCAUCCAUAGGGCAUGAGGGGUCACUGGUGUGAUGUGAAACAUAUGCUAUGUACUCGGCAGUCACCAGAUCUCAACCCAGCUGGUGGGAGAUUUUGGAGUGACAUGUUAGACAGCGUCUCCACCACCAUCA